CUGCAUUCUGUCAGGACCAAGAAAGGCCAAGAGGGACGAUCUAUAUACAGCCAUGGUAUUGCAAGGUACAAGGGGCGCAGCAGCUGGAAUGCUCCUGGGGGAAAGGGGUGAUGAUGGAGAAGUGAUGGCAGUAUAUCUAUGGGAUAUCUUUUAGAAGCUCUAUAGAACGUUAUUCAUAAUAGCAGACAAUCGUCUUGCUGUAUAUUAUGAAGUUCGCAGCUCUAUCCCUCCUUCUAGCCACCUCCCUGGCUCACGACGGCCUCGUCGAAACCAGCGAAUACAACUACACAGCAACAUCCGGUCCCCUGAACUGGCACCAUCUCAAUGAAACGACCAACUUACGCUGCGCAACAGGCAAGAAUCAAUCCCCGAUAGCCAUCCAAACGCAGAGCAUCGACUAUGCCGAACCGGGCUCUCUGCAUUUCAACGUUCUCCCGGCAGACCACGCCAAGUUCGAAAACCUGGGAUCCGGUCUUGAGGUCGUCUUGACGAACGGGUCUCUCACCACGGAGACAAAAGAGCACAAAGAGUACAAUUUGACGCAGUUCCACUUUCAUACCCCGAGCGAGCAUAGGGUGAAUGAUGAGUACUUUCCGAUGGAGGUACAUUUCGUCUUUAAAUCAGCCUCGGAAACCGCCGUCGUAGGCUUCCUCUUCCAACUCUCCGAACUGGGAUACUCGACGCCUCUCUUCGACUCAAUCUUCGACCGUGUUUACAGCAUUGCCGAGCCGGGGACGUAUACUUAUACCGACGAGCUGGAUUUCUCUGCUCUUGCGUCUCAUCUCCAUUCCCAUGGGGUAUACCGGUAUACAGGCUCCCUGACUACCCCGCCCUGCACGGAAGGCGUGGCGUGGUAUCUGAGUGCUGAACAGCUGCCGCUGAAUGUGCAGGGGUAUAACAAGGUGAAAAAGGUGCUCAAGUAUAAUGCGCGCUAUACGCAGAAUGUUUUGGGUGAGAGGAACCUGUUGGAGGUUGCUAAGCUGCAGUAAAGAGGGUGAUUGUUUGACUGUUAUAUAACUGCUCCUGGAGAAAUAGAGGCUGAGUAUCUUGCGUCCCUCCACUCCAUUUCAAAUGCUUGAUGCUUAUUCAGUUGCUCCCAUACUUCUUCCAGGUUUAGUGAGGCAAGGAUUGAGUUUUCAUGGUCCUUUCCGGAUAACCCUUCCAUCUGGAGUCGGGCCUCUUGAUACAUUAGUACUGGAUCUUAGUGACUGCUUUGGUUAAAUAGGGCAUAUUGGACCGCUUUUGGACUCUCUUGUGUGUAUGCUCAGAUAUUUCAAGCACUUGCCGUUGACAACUCUCCUCUUCGCCAUACUUCCAUUUCUGAUAUAGUACGGUGAGGCGGACCAGGAAUACCAGUGGCAGUCAUGUUUCUCGUCAAAAACCUCAUUGCUCCAAUGAAGUCCUUUCCGGAAGGCUUCCACGGCUUUUUGGGAGUCUUCCAGGCCCAUGUAACAGCAUCCUAGCUGAAGAAGACAAGCCGCUGUAUCCUCAUUUCUGCGCCCAGAUACUGCAUACGUGUCUGCAGUGCCUCUUCUGCCAUUUCCUUGGCGUAUCGAUACCGACAUCAUGGUGUCUCAUAUUCUGAUAGUUCUAAUUCAAUAUGGGCACGAUCCAGAAA